AUGCUAAAUGCUGCCUUUAGCUCUGCAGUGUUCUUUGUUUUCUUACAUGUGAACUCAGUUUUACCGAUUAAGGAAAAAGUAUUUCGGUGGAGUAUAAUGCAAGAAAUAUUCGGAAGGAAAAUAGGAAGAAAAUAUAUGCAGUUUGGAUGGAAAAUAAAUGAAGAGAAAAAAGAAGCAUUGGAAGUGCUUUUAUAUGCAAAGUUGAUACAAACAGUAUAA